UAAGAGUGUGUGUGCGCAUGUGUAAGAGUGUGUGUGCGCAUGUGUAAGAGUGUGUGUGCGCAUGUGUAAGAGUGUGUGUGCGCAUGUGUAAGAGUGUGUUUGUAUUGCUAUAUUAGUGAGGACCAAAAUGUGACAAAACACCUUUUAAGUGAGGACCUUUUGGUAAAGUGAGGACAAAAUCGUGGUCCUCACUUUAUUUUGCUCAGUUUAGCCCCCGUGGGGGUGGGGCAUUGUGCUGUGCAAAUCUCUCAAAUGUCCUUACUUCAAUAGCAGAUCAUGACAGAACUGUGUUUCCUUCAUUCUCCUGCGCUCCCUCUAAAGGCAAGAGACGUGAACUGCAGCCAAUUUAUCAUUGGCUGGAAGAGAACGGCUCCGAUUUUUUGAUUGGUUGGCUUGGUGAUUUUUGUGAUUGGUCGGCCAGUGAACGUACAUAUCUGUACAUAAACUGUAUUUCUUUCUUUAUUUCUUAAAUAUCACAAUUACUUUCCCAAAUAAGGAGUACAUAAAAUAGGAUGUAUGCUUUUCAGCAACAACUGCCUCACAAAUGCAAUUGUUUUUCAUCGAGCUGCAUUUAAUGGCGAUCAUUAUGCACGGCUUUUUGGCGCCAGCAUUACGUCACGUGGAGUACGUGAAUCGAGCUCGCGUUCCGCGAAACGUGACAGUGAUGCGUAUGAACGGAGAGAAAUGACGGAGCGGUUUAACCGGAGACUGAGGCGGCUGCGGGAGCACCACGCGAUCUGUGAGCAGAGACACCGGAGAAACAGCGCGAAGGACGGAAUGAAAACUUCACAUCAAGAUGGACGGAAGAGGGAUGAGGAGGAUCUGGAUGGACAGAAGAGGGAUGAGGAGGACCAAGACGGACAAAAUGACUUCAUCCAGGAAAUUUGUAUAGAGGAGCAAUCGAACCAGGGCAACAAGGACUGGAGUGAUCUGGAUGAGAGCGAAGGCUCAGUCUUUGUUCCUUCAGUGGAGGAGUCUACUGAUGAAGAAGACCUCGAUUCAGAAGAGUCCCAGCUUGAAAAGACCAUUCGAAAGACUGUAAAAGACACAAUAUUUAAUACAUUUGAAGAAGUCAAGAAGGCAAAGCAAAAAACUCAAAGAAAGAAGGCUAAGCAAAAAAGUCCAAGAAAAAUGACAAUCAAAACAAGUCAGCGAGAUCCUAAAGGCAAACGAACGUGGAACAAAAAACAGUACUGUGUCUUCUGUGAAAAGGCACAAAGCAAGCUUGCUAGACAUCUUGAAAGAAGUCAUUCCAAUGAAACAGAAGUUGCUAAAGCCUUUAGUUUUCCCAAACGUUCAAAGGAACGCAGGAUUCUACUGGAACAGCUCCGGAACCAGGGUAAUUAUUAUCAUAACAUCAAAGUCUUGGAGACCGGACGUGGAGAGAUCAUUACCUGGAGACAACCGACUGAAGAUGCAGACAUUUCUGAGUUCCUUCCCUGUCCGGACUGUCUGGCGUUCUUCAUGAAGAAAGACCUGUGGAAACACUCUAAGACGUGUCGAGGACAGCGGGAUGUGAAGAGAAGCAGAGGAGAGCGAGUGAGAUCAGCUGCAGUCUGUCUGAUACCAACACCUGCACAGUGCUCUGCUGGCAUCAGCUCUCUCCUACAAGCUAUGAGACAAGAUGAAAUCUCAGAAACAAUCAUGAAGGACAGUUUGAUCUGUCUCUACGGUGAAUCACUUUAUACAAAGUGCGGUCAUGAUAAGUCACAGCAUCAGUAUAUCAUUCAAAAGAUGAGAGAGCUGGCCAGGUUUAUGAUCGAAGUGAAGUCCAGAUCCAGAGAAGUGAGUAACCUUACACAGCUCUGUAACCCUGAGAACUUUCUCCUAGCCAUCGCCGCUUGUAAAGAAGUCAGCAGCUAUCAACCAGAUUUAAAUACGUUUAAAACCCCGUCCCUCGCUCUGAAGAUCGGAUACUCGCUGAAGAAAGCCUGUCAGCUCAGUUUGGGACAGAGUUUAAUGGAAGGGGACAGAGACACUGAGAAGAAGCUGAAAAACUUCAUCAAGCUCAUUGACAGUCAUUGGCGUACCAACAUUUCGAGUCAAGCCCUCAACACAUUGCAGCAGAGCAAGUGGAACAAGGGAGACACCAUCCCUCUCACAGAAGAUGUUGUGGCUCUACAAAAGCAUCUCAAGAGUGUGGAGCAGGUCUCAAAAGACAAACUCAAAGAGAACGUGAAUGGCGCCGAGUGGAAAAUCUUGGCUGAGACGUUACUCUGUCAAAUCAUUCUUUUUAAUCGGAGACGUGAAGGUGAGGCAUCCAAACUGCUCCUUGCAUCAUACGUGAAUCGAAACGUGAAGCCUCCUAAUGAAGAUGUGGUCAAAUCUCUGACUAAAUUAGAGCGGGAGCUGUGCAAUGAGCUGACUCGAUUAGAGAUCCAAGGGAAGAGAGGUAAGAAAGUGCCUGUCCUGCUGACCAAGGACAUGCUGGAGUCCAUGGACCUGCUGAAUGAAAGCAGGAGCACAGUGGGCAUCAGCGAAGCCAAUCCGUACGUUUUUGCAAGACUGGGGGCUUUAACGCACAUCCGCGGAUCAGACUGUUUGAGAAAGUUUUCCAAAACGUGUGGCGCAAAAGACCCCAAGAGCCUUACGUCGACCAAAUUAAGGAAACAAAUAGCAACUCUGAGUCAGAUCAUGAAUUUAAAAAACAAUGAACUCGACCAAUUGGCCAAAUUCCUGGGACACGACAUUAGAGUGCACCGCGAGUAUUACAGACUGUCCGAGAAUACAAUCCAACUCGCUAAAGUUAGCAAGCUGCUUUUGUCUCUAGAAAAGGGAUCUGAUUGUUACAAAGGAAAAUCUUUGGAAGAGAUUACAUUUAGUACAGAGGAGACUGAAAAUGACAGAAGCCCUGCUUCCGGAGGCCUGCGAGAGCAUGAAUGCAGAACCACAGAAGCAGAUGCUUCAGAGAAAGAUGAAGAACCCUCUACCUCAGUAAAGACAGUCGAGCACAAGCGUCACGUCACAGAAACUGUCGCCUCAGAGAAAGAUGAACAACCCUCUUCCUCAGUAAAGACAGUCAAGCGCAAGCGUCGCGUCACAGAAACUGACGCUUCAGAGAAUGAUGAUCAACCCUCUACCUCAGGAAAGACAGUCAAGCGCUCUCCUCCAGACAAUCAAAACAUUGUAGAGAUGUUCUCAGGUGAUCAGAUCACUCGACUGCUCUUCUGCACAACUUAUUCAGCCUGCUAAAUAUCUGUCUGUAGCCAAGUUUCCAUCCAGUUUUGUUAUCCACAGAAUCAAAACUAGCUGUCUCCAUCCAGUUGGCCUUUUACUGCAGCUCAUUUUGUAUUGUCACGCAUGCAACAUUUAAGGGUUCAUAAACAUGAUUGGUCAAGUCCCCUUUAUUUAUAUAGUGCUUUUAACAGUAGAGAUUUUGUCAAACCACUUUACAGUAUUAAAUGUGAAAAUAAUGUGUCAAUAAUAGAGAAAGACCAUAGUAAACACACAAUUUGAGAAUUGAGGCAGUUCAUCAUUGAAUUCAGUGAUUUUGCAGUAGAGCACUCAUCAAG